GUUCCCCUUCAAGCGCGGCAAGCACGUGCUUGUUUCUGCUCGCCAUCAUCGUCGCGGCUCCUGGCCACUGCCCAUUCGGGCGCAUUGUCCACGUGCUCCUUCGUCCACGUGGCCGUCGUCGACCUCCACGCGUCCACAGUCCACGUGCUCCUUCAUCAACGAUCUCCUUCGUCCACGUGCUCGUCGUUGCUGAGUUGCGGACGAGAUGCCACCGAGGAACGCUUCAGGGAAGGGAAGGAAAGACAGCGGAGCAGGCGAUGGUGGGGAAACCCAGAAAGGCAGAGGCCACGUGCCAAAGUCGAAAAGGCAGCGCGUGGAUGACGCCAGCUCCGAACACACUGAAGACUUUCAGCGAGACGAAGUGGUGAUGGUGGAUGCGCAAGGGACGACCGGGGCGAUGCGAUUGGGUUUCGGGUGGGAUGGGGUGUCGAGGGAUCAGCUGUCCGCUCUGAAACAGAGCCCCGUUGUCAGUGCUGCCGGGGCCUGGCAAAGGACCCCGAAGGCGGCAGGGGUGGUCAUGACGGAGGCGCGCGUGCCGAGGCAACUUCCGACGGUGGCGGGCCAGGGUCAGCCACUCCCCUUGCAACAGGCGGGGGCUUCAAGGGGAGGGAAAACACAGUCUGCGCAAAAGGGUGAUGCGACGGCAAGCGGCACUCGGACGACGGCGGUGGAUCAUAGCACUAGAAGCGGACUCGACGAAGGUGUGGCCGAGGAGAGGGUUGACGACGUCCGCCGUGACGAAGGAAUAAGAAAUGGAAAGCGGGAGGGCGAUGACGACGACGACCGUCCACUUGUGACGAGGUUGAAGGGAGCGCCAAAGGAGGAUGGUGUGGAGGAGAGGUCCAAGUUGUGGAUUGAUUGCGACUCUUUCUGGGUUCAGGGCCCGGGGAAACCCUUGAGGGAGGCGGUCGGCGAGUGCGCGGACUACUUCAUGGCCAUCGCCAGCGGAGACGCAGGAGCUGAGCCGCCUGCGAUGCUCAUAUUGCCGCCGAAUGACGUUCCGCGCUUCAAGAUCGACGACCGUGCGCAGAGUGAACCAGCUCUGCGCAGAGCGUAGUCAUACAUCAGCGUCGACAUUGCUACAGGCAUUGCACGAGUAGUUUGCCAGGGACACAAAUGGUCAAAUGUGGUUUCCCCUGCACUCGUCUACCACACGUUGGCGAUGAAGAUGGAUGUGCCUCUAUGGUUCGCGGGGGUGAAGAUUGUGGAUCGGCCUGAAGACGACGACAUGGCGGCGCGGCAGGAGGUGACAGUUCUUCGCGUCGCGGAUUGCUGGACAGAUGCACUGUGGUGUGGACAAUGGGCGGACGGCGGCCGCGUCAAACAGGAGAGGUUGUCUCGGCUUGCGGAUUGUCUUCGAGCAUUGUUGAGCGCGUGCAUGUGGAUCAUGUGCAUGGGUGGUGGCGACGACCGUUCGCACAACGAGGCGUGCUUGUACGCGUUCAUGGUCGCCAAACCCAGGCGACACAUCUUCGACAGCGCCAACCUCGUCUUGGAUCGUAUAGGGAAGGCACACCUCAUGCUGGGAGAUUACCCGCAUUGUAUUCUGGAAUGGUGUGAUUGCGGGUUGGUGUUCGGGCACAACGCGGCCCUGAAGAAUGCAGCGGAAGCCGCGAAACACGGUUGGAUCGGCAGCGGGCCCGCGGCGGAGGAAGACGGAGAUGAGGGCAGUUGACACGUCGGUUCAUCCAUAACGCAGUGGCGGGGUGUGGAUCGUCGAUUGAUUGGCACGUGGGAUCGUGAAACGACGA